CCUUGCUUUGAUGUCCCGACAAGUCAACAGUGCCAUCUCUCUCAAGUCACUCACCACGAGAACUCCGUCGACGUCAGAACCCGAGACAUCCGCGCCGGUGCCGGCUGUCGGAGCUUGAAUUCCGGCGGAAGAUGGCGACUAUCAUGAGGAGGAUCAUCGAGCUGGCCUCGAACCGCAGGGGAUCGAGCUCGGACCCGGAGCGGGGGCGGCAGAGUCCGGCGGGGUCAUCGCUGGGGGCGUUUGAUGAGAUACCGGAGGACGUAUUGCUGCUGAUACUGGGGCUGCUGGGGCCGAAGGACGCCGCGAAGAUGAGCCGCGUGUGCAAGUCUUUGAGGUCACUCGUGUCCGACGACCGGCUGUGGGUUUUCUUCCUCCAGCAUCAGGCAGAGCCUUGGGAGUCGAUUUUCUUCGCAGAGACUAAUCUGCGAUGGGGUUAUCCGAUUCAGGCAUUCUUGAGCGGGAUGCCUGAACUAUCUUUCAUGAACAUCUACGGCAAGCGGGCUCAAGUCCCCAGUUCCAUUAUUAUUGACGGUGGUUCUGGAUAUUGCAAAUUUGGCUGGAGCAAAUCUGAAUGUCCACCUGCACGAUCAGCGACAUUUCUGGAAUUUGGUAACAUUGAGUCUCCAAUGCAUUCCAGGCUUCGUAAUUUUUUUCUGACUAUUUACAGCAGGAUGCAGGUUAAACCAUCUUCACAUCCGAUUCUGGUGUCCUUUCCUCUCUGUCAUUAUGAUGAUACAGAAUCUGCUAAGGCAUCAAGAAGACAGCUUAAAGAAGCUAUCUACUCAACCCUGUUUGAGUUCAAUGUUCCUGCUGUCUGUGCUGUUAAUCAGGCAACUUUGGCAUUGUUUGCAGCAAGACGAACUUCAGGAAUUGCUGUUAAUAUCGGUUUCCAAGUGACUUCUGUUGUCCCCAUUCUAAAUGGAAAAGUAAUGCGCAAGGUGGGUGUCGAAGUUAUAGGAUUAGGAGCUUCGAAGCUUACGGGUUUUCUGAGCGAGCUCAUGCAGCAGAACAACAUCAAAUUUGAAUCUCUAUGUACAGUGCGCACAUUGAAGGAGAAGCUAUGUUAUGUUGCACUUGACUAUGAUGCUGAGCUACGUAAGAUCACGCAAGCAUCAUGGGAAGUUUCUGGAGAAGGCUCGUUUAUUCUUUCAAAAGAACGCUUUCAGAUAGGAGAAGUCUUAUUUCAGCCUCGUAUUGCUGGAGUGCGCACUAUGGGUCUGCACCAAGCCGUGGCUCUGUGCAUGGACCAUUGUCAUGCCUCGGAGCUAACUACUGAUGAUUCUUGGUACAAGACUAUAGUAUUGUGUGGGGGAUCAGCGUGUCUACCGGGUUUAGCAGAAAGGUUAGAGAAGGAACUGCAUGGACUUCUUCCCCCUUCCAUAUCCAAGGGAAUUAGAGUUAUUCCUCCCCCGUAUGGUGUGGAUACUGCAUGGUUUGGGGCAAAACAGAUCAGCAACUUGAGCACCUUCCCUGAGCGAUGGUGUCUGACAAAGAAGCAGUUCCGAAGGAAGUCGAAGUUCAACCGUAUGUGGUAGGUAAAUAGACCGUACGCAUUUAUUGAAGAGCUCGUAUAUUCUCUGAGGGAUAAUAGUUGUAAAAGUGGUUGCAAGUGUCUUAUUUAUUUUCUGUUGCUUUCACAUCAUCGUGACGGGUAUUCUUUUUGUAAUAUGCUCCGUCUCUCGCUGAUAAUCAUGGAACAUGAAACCCAAUAAUCAUAUGAAGUAUCUUAAUAAUUUGAAUAUGUAAUAUUUGAAUAAUAUAUAUGUAUUUAUCAGAAUAAAUACCUCAGAGAGAUUAUUAAUCUU